GACAGAAUGAAAGAUAUCUGGCUGUCCAUCUGACCAAAAAAACCAUGUGACAUAAUCAUUGAUCGACCACGGGUUAGCCAAUCGGUUUUAAAUAAAGAUUCCAGGCUCGCAAACAAGGCGUGCCAGUGUUGGGAACAGAGAAAUUAGCAUGGAAUAUGGACUACGGUGACAUUCCAAAGGGGAAGCGGUUGACUGAAUGGAACCAAAGAAGGAGUCCAACAUAGGCCAGCAAAUGGCACAUGGGCGACGCAACGCUUCUCUCAUGUCAUGGACGAAAAACUUGACCCAAAACAGUCUACACGUAGAACUAAUCCAUGGUCGGAUGCACAUUGGAAGACACAGAGACCUAUUUGUUCCCACAUUUCAAAGACAACGGGCAAAUGCUGCGGAUCAGAACGUAGAUAGCGAAUGUUUCGCCAUAACUUCGCGAUAUGCAGACGUUUGCAACUACCGAUACGUGUAUAAUGAGGAGCUGAAAACGAGUUGCUACGAACCGACUGUAUCCUUCCCUAUUUCAUGCCUAAUUGGUCAACCGGCACUAGCUUGCUCUCCGACGGAGUCGCACACGGACGGUGCAAAGAUGGUACUGGUUCCAGACACAUCACAAUCGAAUGAAUUGAAAGAGCACAUUCAGAUUACCAUUAAAGAGGAACAGUCUCGUACGAACGCUGGUCUCAGCGAUCGCAACGGUGCUGGAGAAUGGCGCACUUCCCGUUCACCUAAAACUGAUGUCAGCCAUAAGUUAAUGAACACGGAUGUAGCGUGCGAACACGACGCGACGAGAUACAGUGCGAACAAAACAGAGUGUAAACACCCAUUAUCAGAUAAAAACUCACCGGAUGACCACAUAUUGAGCAGCGAGUCGGACGAAGUUCAGCGGUGGAAGCCGGGUGAUGCUAUACUUAAGGAAGGCGAUUACACUCGUGCGGAGGUGAAAUCGGAGCAGCAGCUUGAUAACCUAUCUUGGCGGUUUAAAACUGAAGUAGCGAUCGAGCAGGCUCAGUUUCGCUUCCACAUGAAACAAGCAAGCGGAAAGAUGGAAAGCACGUGUCCAGAAAGUGCAGCCCAUCAAACCACUGAUGGAUUGCAGGUACAUGACACGAUCCAGAUCGAGUGUCAGUAUACACAUGUGGAGGAUGAAACGGAACGUUUAGAAGAAGCAAAGGAUGAUGUACGGCCGACCGUGGUGGUUAGUCAGGUAAUUCCCACCACAAUGCAUGAUGACCAACGGAGUGUGGAGCCAACAGACCAAAAUACCGUCAUGGAUGGAGGUCUGUCCUUCCAAAGCAACCGUAAUCCGAUGCAUGGUAGACCAAUGAGCUAUACAGAGCAUCAACGGAAGUUGGAAGAUGCAAAAAGCGCCAGAGAAAAGAUAACAUCGGAACACCAACUCAAUGUGUCAUUGGAAACGACACACGCGGUGAGCAGCGCGCCGUCAGAAGAAAGGAAAGAAGUUGAACAGAGAAGCCAGCGUAAAGAGAAUAAGAAUACGUAUCAGAUGCAUUUAAAUGCGAAAUUUAGAGUUAGGAGUGUGUACUGGACCGUACAGCGAGGAGCAGAUGGAAGGCCUGAAACGACAGAGCGGUGUUCGGUUAGGGCAAAAUAUCAUUGUGAUCUGAAGGAGUUGCCCAGUGCGUGUAGUGAAACGAGUAAUGAGGGCCCAAAGAAACCAAGCGAAAUACACGAUGAAAUGAGUGUUCAUCAAGAUAAAGGUGAAAGGGAAGCAAUGGAAAUCGGCGACGACAGACAACACAAUGCGACAACCCAGGCACACGAACGACAGGCACCAAAGUUACAAAAACCAGUAGAGCCCAUCAUUCUAAGCCAGCCCAUUCUACAAGCUGUCGCCAACAUAUGUGUGUUUAAUUCCGGUCUGACUGAUACGCUGAGUUCAUCUAUACGUCUGAUUGAUACAUCAGCCGUAGCAUCGGAGCCAAUAGCAUCCCCACAGGAGGGACACACGCCGGUGCACACACCUGACAACGCAUACACCACCCAGUUAACCGGGUCGUCCUUAGCAUUCCAGAUGCCGUGUGGGACUCCCUCUGGAGCACUUAGCCCGGUUUGGAAUUGGUCGAGUCAAGAUAGGGAAGACUCGAACGAAGUGCUCAGAGAAAGCCCCAGUCCCGUUUACUCAUCUUUCACCAAAAAUCAAGUAACAGACUGGGCUCUGCAUAACCCUAGUUCGUCUGGUGGCAACAACCCUAGCCCAGACCAUGUUACCCGACUCGACCAAUCAUCUGUGACGAAAAGACAACUAGCGUCUGACAGGAUAACACCCGAACCGAUUCAGACAAGCUGGAACACAAUUAGUCAACACAUCGAAGUCGGCCUUCCCAAGGAGCAGUACGCGGUAAGGACUACCGUAGGAGAACGAGAGCCCGUGGACUCCGAUGCAUUCAGUGUGUUGCGUACGCACAUCGACCAGGGAACAAAGCAACACAAAGUGACGAUAAUGCAACAUAUUAUUCCUACCGAACCAGCAGGGACAAUCAAGUUUGCGCUGAGUGUUGUUCAGACCGAGCAACCCGUGUUUUCGGUCAUCGACACCGGAGUGUUGUGCAGCGAGCAGGAGCUCUCAGUGCUCAAUAAUGAGAGGAAACAGGUGUUUGAACAAAAGAAACCCAUACAAGCCGCCGCAUUGGAGCACCCCGUCCUGCAGGCUGUUAUGAAUAUUAGUGUACAUAGUUCAAAAAUAUCUGAGCCGGUAGGCUCACCCAGGGCUCCUACCGCCCAGUCCGUAGAGUCUAACUUCACAGAGCGAGUUCAGUCGCCUCUAUCGCACAAAUCGGAUGACAGCAUUUCGGCCAGGUUAACGGAGCCACCGAGUCCCACAGCAGUCACGGUUUUUCGCAUGCCACACCAAGGUGGGUUGGUAUGCCCUACAGUAAGUGAUGAGGGUGGUGCGCACUGUGACCAAGACCUUAAGUUCACAUCGGAAAAUAGGCCCCCGGAAAUAACAGACUGCGAGUGUAGUUUAUUUGCCCCAACAGGCAGGAUUCCGCUAGCUCCUGUAAUGAGGCCAUUUGAUGAUUAUACACAUAAAAUUCGUAUCAGCUAUUCUAUGACCUCACGUGCGGCCAGUCCUAGUGAACAGCCGGACUUAUGUUUCCGACAGCAAAUUAUCGGCCAGCUCAAGUUUACUCAAGGUUACCCAUCUGUCAUAAUUCAAACCAAAAGUGAUAGUGCCCUUAUUUCAUCCUCGGUGGAUAAGAACCAAGAACCCAUAUUGGAAGUGGAGCAUCCGGCGACAACUACGCAAGACGCCGAGAAACUUCAAUCAGCGCUAUCACGUGCGCAAAGAUUUUCUACCUCUAAUUUGUACAGCCCGGACUCAGAGGAAAAGACGCAUGCAAUCCCAUCCCCGGCAUUCAGCCGAACCUCGACUGCAUCCCAAAGAACACCGAAGGAGAUGGACAAUAAUUUUCCGAUAUCAGGUGGAGAAAUACAUCCAGAAACAGUGCAACCGAGUUUCGAAAAUGAAGAGCGAAAGUCAAAGCAUAGGUUCUCGUUCUUCAAAUCGCUCUCACCAGCUCGGGUGGUGACUACGAACAAAUCGGAAAGAAAGUCCAAGAGUUUAAUACCCUUAUUUCCAAGGUUGUCCAGAUCAGAAUGGUCCAGCAUUUCACUGGGCUCAAGCCCUCGUAGGACGAAGCGAAAUUUUGAGUUUGGAUCCGCAUACGAAAGAAGAAAAUGGAGCUUAGCAUCAGAAAACCCAGGUCAUGUGUCAAGGAUGCUUAGCAGAUCAACAACGAAACAGGUAUCGAUUUCUGACGCGGAUGCAAAGGGAAGGGAAGUGAAACAGCUUGUUGUGUCGGAGUUUGAGUUAUUGGAAAGUGAGCUGAAAAUUCCGGCCGGUAACCUAUGCGCUCUGCAAAAUGUUGCCACAAUGUAUGCAUCAGAAGAUGCGAUGCGCCGCCAGUCGCGUCGAUUUUCAUUGCCUCUAAAAGAAAGCAAAUCUGCGCCUACAGUAAGCGGGAGAAAGGAAAGCGUAAGCGGGGGAAAACCGGAAACAUUCGUUUCAGAAGGAAGAGGUAGUAUGUUAACCAGACGUAAUUCGAACACCUGGAGAAAGUGGAGAACGCAUAGGCCAAGUAUUGGCUCAAAGUCUGGAAAGCCAUCAAAAACGAAGAAGUAUGACACGGAGACCAGGGACCCAUGUGAACCUGAUUCAGAAUCGGAGAAAUCGGCUACAGCCGUGCAGCUUGCUGAUAAAUCAGUAGAAACCAUCAAUUCUUCAUCUGGAGAUCCGGUAAUCACGUAUUGUUCGUUAAAAUUUGAGAAUGCUGCUUUUACUUCAGUUGCCGAGUUAACAGGACCGUCGGCCUGGUACAUCACGCCGCAAGUACGUCUACAAGGGCCUCACACAACGCAAGAUGGCUGUCCAUGUUGUAGUAAAGAAAUGAGGGGACCGCAACCGUUUGCAUGGAACGGGGAAAAUAUAUGCAAAAUGCGCCCAUUAAGUCAAGAUAUUACCGUUCGCCUGUUAACCAUUCCGGAUGUGAACCAGAGGCAAGUUCAUGAAUGCGUGGAUUACAACAAUCCAAUCAGAUGCAAGCGACAAUGUGCUUCAUCGGUCGGGGAGCAACGCUGGCUCAUCGUAUGUUCGUUAUCCGACGGUGUGCUACUGGAAUGUGGAAAACUGCCAAGUGAUGCAGAAGUGCAGUGUACCAUAACCGUGGUACACGGACCUGCAACGACGGAGUACGCAACUCCAAGCGUCGAGUUUAGCUUAUGCACGCCUAAAAUGGUCACUGUUACAAAAAUCCCAGUGUUGUCCGCACAAGUUGUUUCCACUUGGAACCGUGUCCCCGGAUCGGCCGUCAGUGGCACAAAUCUGCAAAGACCGGAGUGCACGCAACUACACCCGCUGGCAAAGCAAGUGGAUAGGACUGUUCCCCUGCGUGGACAAGAUGCAGGGUUCAAGGAAACCACAUCUCUUCCACAUUUCCAUCCAAGCGCCGAUUGGGUAAACACGGUACAGAAGGAACGCCGGGGGGAAAGUAUGACCGAAUGGGGAGUACAGCAUGCGCCGAGACAUUACCGGGUAAAUGACAAACUUGAAUAUGACCAAGCGAGAGCAACGCCAAUAACAGACACUACGGGUCAAGGAUUCUCGUCUGCUUGUAUGGUCCUUACCGCCGAGUCUAGUGGCUCAUGGCUCCCAACGAAUAAAUUCAGAUGCAACCACACAGAACCAGUGGAUUUCGAAGACAUCGCGUCGAGAAGAUGGCCAACCGGAUUGGUACGUCAUGGCCUGUCAGGAGACGAACACACUAGAACAUACAUGUACCCUGAAGGCGUAUUCGAUAAAGCGGAGAUAAAGUGGAGCAAUACAGUACCAUGCGGUCCAUGCAAAGGCGUUUUUAACAGAGGACCUAUAUGUGCAUCUGAGUGGGCUGAGGCAGCACGCUGCAUAAACCAUACCGCCGGAAAUGAACAUAGUUAUUGCGAAUGCAAUUUUCAUGAGCCAGCAAGAUGGCAGCAUCGUUUAGCGGAAUGUCCACUGAACCCCAGUUCACCCGAUUAUCACAGCAGAUGUACUGCGCAACUUGACUCCAGAGCACAUUGCACGAUGUUGGAAUCGGACCGGUCACGGUGGGGAAAUACCUACCGAAUGGCGUCACAGUGCCGCCCAACACUAUCGUGUAGGUGUUCCCCAGUGCACACAAUUGGACAGAGAAGAACGCUUCCGCCGCAGACCUACUCUCCGAAAUUCGGUCCUAAUUGUGGACGCCACCGGAGUGCGUCACCUCAACUGAUCCAUCCGGAGAUGAGAAGUGCGUCACACUGCGCGGAGUUUCAUAUUACUCAAAUGCAUCAUACCUCUGGGCCCAGACACGUAGAGGUUUCGCCGUCUGGAGGAGCGAGAUGUCCGCUAGAUUCAACUUUGAGAAGAGUAGGACACAAUCCAGAAUUGCACAACUCACCGUAUCCGCACGUGAAUGAAUUCGGGUUUAAUGUGAUUUUUACUGCCCCCAAACUCUUGGAACAGGUUGCACGGGACAACGAAUGCCCCAGGUAAUAAGAAAGCGAUAACGGGUAGACUAAAUCGGACCGGAGUCGACAUUUCCGCAGCAUGCAGUCACAUUACUCGGCACACAUCGGUUGAACUGGUGGGGAUACCAUCUGGGCCGCAUUUGUGAAGGUCGUGUGGUGGCCAAUCGACGACUUGGCGACAAAGCAUGAAGAUAUUGACAAGUUACCUAGCCAUUAUCGGUGCAGCAGAUCUAUCGGCUGGGGACCAAAAAAUGAAGAAUACCAGGGGCUCACAAAGCUCGAGGCAAUGACGAGAGACGGGAUGCAGUGGAAGCAAUGUCUGUAAGUGUGUGAAGUCCCG